AUGGCUUAUAGUUCUGGCAUUCAAGAGGGGUUGGCUUUUGGUUUAGGUGUUGGUUUGGCUCUAUUUAUUGUAUUUUGCAGUGAUGGUUUGGCCGUGUGGUUUGGUUGGAAGAUGAUAUUGCAAAAAGGAUAUAGGGAUGGCCACGUGAUGAACAUAAUGUUUUCAGUCUUGACAGGCUCCAUAUGGAUAAGAGGGAAAAUUGGGCUUGUUAGCCAGGAACCGGUGCUGUUUACUUCUAGCAUUAGAGAUAACAUUGCCUAUAGUAAGGAUGAUGCAACCAUUGAAGAGAUCAGAGCUGCAGCUGAGAUUCCCAAUGCUGCAAAGUUUAUAGACAAAAUGCCUCAGGGUCUUGACACAAUGGUUGGAGAACAUGGAACUCAGCUGUCCGGGGGACAGAAGCAGAGAAUUGUCAUAGCCACAACAAUUCUAAAAGACCCAAGAAUACUUCUUUUGGACGAAGCCACGAGUGUGCUCGAUGCAGAGUUCGAACAGGUCGUGCAGGAGGCACUAGAUAGGAUCAUGAUCAACCGAACCAUCGCCAUUGUCGCCCAUCACCUGAGCACAGGGAGGAAUGCUAAUAUGAUUGUUAUGAUUCAUCAAGGCUCAAUUGUUGAGAAAGGCAAGAACCUCGCUAAGAUCAAUUUGAUAUGGCUCAAAGCAUGUCAUUUUUAG